GCAAAAGUGUUUCAGUCAACGUCAUUGCAUUGGACCCGACACACCUCCAACACUUGGCACACAUUCCUUCAGUUUUUCAGUUCUAUAUCAUCCCUUCAGGCGCAAUAACGCACUUAAGCAAGCGGUCUGGACACGAGGCGCACUGACCACACUCAUUGUUUGUAAAAUGAACUGCUGCAAAUGUCUAAAAUACACAAGUUUACCAUGUCGUAGCGACAGCAGAGCGAGCCACUCACUGGAAUAAGCAUACAGAUUGAUUUAUCACCUGUGACUACGGACAGUUACAAUGGAUACCACUUUGGACCCCCUUUCAACAUCUCUUCUCUACGACGAGGAAGAUGGAAACGAAACCUCCACCAAUCUAUUCGAGCAGCCGGACUGGCAGGUGGCACUAUGGGCGAUUGCAUACUCUUUAAUCGUAAUUGUUUCCAUCAUUGGCAAUGUCACUGUUAUUUGGAUCAUUCUGGCACAUAAACGCAUGAGGACAGUCACCAACUACUUCAUUGUAAACCUCGCCUUUUCUGAUGCAUCUAUGGCAACUUUUAACACCGUCUUUAAUUUCGUAUAUGCUUUGCACAAUGACUGGUAUUUUGGUUUGGGAUACUGUAAAUUUCAAAACUUCUUCCCGAUAACAGCAAUGUUCUCAAGCAUUUAUUCAAUGGCGGCUAUUGCUGUUGACAGAUAUAUGGCUAUAAUCCACCCUCUGAAGCCCAGGCUCUCCUCCACUACUACUAAAGUUCUGAUCGGGGUCAUCUGGACCGUGGCUUUUUCACUGGCCUUUCCUCAGUGUUAUUACGCCAGCACCAAAUUCUACUUCCCUCGGACUGUUUGUAUGGUGGAAUGGCCCGACGAUUAUGGAGGGAAACAUCAGCUCUCAUAUCAGAUUGCUGUGAUUAUCCUGAUCUACUUGCUCCCUCUGCUGGUGAUGUUGGUGACCUACAGCCUGGUUGGACGGAGGCUGUGGGGCAGCGAGAUCCCUGGAGAAGCAUCAAACCACUACCAGAACCAGAUGCAAGCGAAACGCAAGGUUGUGAAGAUGAUGAUAGUGGUGGUGACGACCUUUGCAAUAUGUUGGCUUCCCUACCACAUCUACUUCAUCCUGGGGAGCUUCAACAGAGACAUAUACAAGCAGCACUACAUCCAGCAGGUCUAUUUGUCCAUCUUCUGGCUGGCCAUGAGUUCCACUAUGUACAACCCCAUCAUUUACUGCUGUCUAAACCAAAGAUUCCGCUCAGGCUUUCGCAAAGCAUUCCAGUGGUGCCCCCUCGUCAAGAUUUCUGAGGAGGACAACAUGGAGCUGCAGCACAUGAGAACCUUCCACAUGAGACGCAGUUAUCGCACUGAGACCACCAGCAUGGUGGUCCGUAAUCAUGCAAGCGAACCGGAAGACACCACAUCCAAAUUAAUCAAAGCCUGAAUUCUACAACAUUUCAGUGAUGAGGGUGAUAAACAUCCCUGUUGGCGAUUAUUAAAAUCAAGCACGACCAUACUUACACUUAAUACCUCACAACAGAUUUAGAUUUUCCCUCUUAUUGUUCUCUAUUGUGGAUUCAGCGGGCUUUACAGGUGGAGUUUUCAUCUACUCCUAUGGCAUAAGCACCAAGCCUUAUUUGUUUCUGUGUUGCUGCUUGAAGUACUAGUCCUAGUAUGUGUAUAGAUCAGGUCAUACUGCAUGUUCUGUUCAAAGGUUUGGGGUCAGAAAGUUUUUUUUUUCAAGAAAUGAAUGCAUAUAUUCAGAAAAAUAGCAAUAAAGGCAUUUAUAAAAAUAUUUCAAAUAAUUACUAAUCUUUUGAACUUUCUAUUCAUCAAAUAAUCCUGAAAAAUGUAUGUUUCCACAAAAAUAUUAAGUAGCACAAUUGUUUUCAACAUUGAUAAUAAUAAGAAAUGUUUCCUGAGCACCAAUCCAUGCAUAUUAGAAUGAUUUCUGAAGGAUCAAGUGACUCUGUAGACUGGAGUUAUAGAUGCUAAAAAUUUAGCUUUACAGUUUUUUUAUUGCAUUUUGGAUCAAAUAAAUGCAGCCUGGCUGAGCAUAGGAGGCUUUCAAGAAUAUAAAUAAACAUAUUACUGACCCUAAACCUGAACAACAGUUAACCAUGUUAAUUCAUGCACCACUACUGAGCAAUGAAUGUUUUAAGCAGUAAAUAUUGGUUAAAUGUCAAGUGGCAUCUCUAAAUGUAAAAACAAAACCGCAAAAUCAGCAUUAAAUUGGUCAGAGCAUCUGUACCCAAAGAGUAUGGAUUGCUUGAGAUAUAUUCAGUCCAGUGUAAGCAGUAUGAUGACUGUUGGGUUGAUUUGACAGUGUUGGAAACAGAGAGACAAAAUUAGGUGGGAAAUAUGUGUUGCCUAAUUAUGUAUAGUGGUCGAAGAUAUCAUGUAUAUAAGCUAAAAUAUAAACAAAACCAAACAGUUGUAAUUGUACUGUAAAUAGGCAAGCAAGCUUACAUUUCAGUGGUACUCAAUGUUUACAGCAUGCAUUAUAUUUAAUAUAUAUCUGCAUGUACUUCCAUACGUUUGACUGAUUAAAGAGAAUUAAGUAUGUUUGCCUUAGUUUUAGCCCUGAGAUAUUUAAUUUCAAAGUUAAUGUUUUUUUUUCCCUAAAAUGUUAUAAUUCUAAAUUAUAAAUUUCUAAAAUGUAGCUGAGUAAUAAUUAAGCUGUAUGUUUUCUAUAUACAACUAUUUUGUUUGUUAUGCUGUCACAUAUAAUGGCAGUGGGUAAUGCACAAUUGAUAUUUUUAUUGAUUUUGUUUGUUUUUCUUUUGCAUGAGUGCCUAGGAUCUGUUUAAUUGUAUGAAUGUAUGAAAUCUGAGUAAAAGAUAUCGUACAGUUAAUGCGUUACUAGUGCAUUACAUUACUAGAGUUUGGUCAAAUACAAAAAUGUAAAACAGAACAGAGGGAUUGGGAUGUACCCAAAUAUGACAACCGAACAGGAAUACAAAGAAAAAGAAAAAAGAAAAAAAAGAGUAAGUACACAGUAGCCAUAAAAAAUAAGACAAAUAAUCUGACUACUUCACCUUGAAGCUUCUGAUCAAUCGGGCUCACAUUUGGCUCCAUUAAGAUAAAGUUUAAAUCUUUAUUUAUUUGUGAUUUUUGUGAUAUCAGUGGCCCAUUUAAUGUCUAAGUGUGUAAAUAAAAAUACUGCAAGACAAUUUUAAAAAUCAAUAAUAAAAUAACCAGCAUUUUCACUAUAACAUUAAGAAAUGUGAUUGGAGGAUCAUUUUAAAAUUGAACCAUUUUGUUCAGGCAUGCUUUUUCCGCAUCACCUGACAAAUCAACUGUCAAUACAUUCAUUUGAGAUAGAUAUAAUAGGACUUUCUUUUAUGGCACAAUCACAUAGGAAAAAAAUUUAAUAAAUAAAUACGCUACUGUGUUUGGGCAACCGCGAAGGACACCACAGAACACAAAUUGAGGUGAUCAAAAUAUUUUUAUGGGUUUCUCCUAUAUAGGUUUUUCCAGGAACAUCUAUUUAUA